AUGCCUCGAGCAGAAGUGGGAUCAACCAAGUACAUCGCCAACCAGAUGAAGUCGAAAGGGCUUCAACGGUUGCGAUGGUAUUGUCAAGCAUGUCAACGGCAGAUGCGGGACGAGAAUGGAUUUAAAUGCCAUGUUGCCUCCGAAUCGCACGUCCGUCAAAUGCAGCUGAUCGGCGAAGACCCUCGAAAAGCCAUCAACGACUUCUCAAACCAGUUCCUCCGAGAUUUCAUCCAACUUCUACGUACGGGACACGGCGAGAAAAAGGUCAACGUCAACCAAUUCUAUCAAGAGUACAUCUCAAAUAAACAACAUAUUCAUAUGAAUGCGACCAAAUGGAGCAGCUUGACCGAUUUUGCAAAGUACCUUGGCAGAGAAGGAAUAUGCCGCGUGGACGAGGAUGAGAAAAACGAAAGCCGCGCGGGCGCAAGUGGGCUCACCAUCAGUUGGAUUGAUAACAGUCCCGAGGCUCUGCGACGACAGGAGGCGAUCCGCAAGAAGGAGAGACAAGACCGUGGCGACGAAGAACGAGAGCAGCGUAUGAUCCAGGAACAGAUUCGAAAGGCAAAGCGACAGGGAUUGCCGGACACUGAAGAAGAUGAGGAGGAACAAGGGGACGAUAUCGAGACUGUUGGCGGCGAGGGCAUCAAACGGAGGGAGGGAGAGAAAAUCGUGCUCAAUUUUGGAGCAAAGAAACAGACACCGGAGACAGCCAAACCACCCACGCCGCCUCUCUCGGAGAAAGAUGAAUCACCAUCAUCCGACAAGGAGAAGGAGGUCGGCACAGCCCCCAGAGCCUCGCCUCCUGUGUCCGACGACCCCAAGCCAAAGCAACCCAUAUCCAUGUCCUUUGGCGCCUCGUCAACCAAACCGAAGAAUGUCUUCGCCGCAUCUUCCAAGAAAAACCCCUUGGGUGCUUCGAAAAAGCCAUCCGGCCCUGUCCAGCAAAGGCCAAUGAGCGAAGCGGAGAGGAUUAUGAAGGAAGAGAUUGAGCGGAAACGGCAACGGGAGGGCAGCGGUGCUCACGGUGGGAAUGUGUUCAAAAGGGCACGGGUUUGA